GUUAGUACCUUUCACAUACUGAUAAAUAUAACCCUUUUUAAAUAUCUAGAAACACUUUUCAAAAUGACAGAUACACCAAUUUUCCACUGUUAUAACUGUGAGAUGGGGUUCCGCUGCAGACGACUGCUAGAGAAGCACACAGAAAAAUUCUGCAUUGGACGAGAAAUGGCAAUGAAUAUAAAAUACCGGCACAGGCAAGCACAGCAUAAAGGAAAAGAGCCCAAGAAAACAGAAAUGGCAGACAGCAUGGAUCAAUAUUAUCAGCUUCAUGUGUCAAAGCCAGAAAGAGACAAUUUCAGAUAUGUCAAGGGAAAUGGGGAACACGAGCAACGAGUCCAUAAUGUUAGAAGCUCUGAUGAUAAUGGAAGAGUUUCAGAUAACCAGGCCUUGAAGAAACUGACUGAAGAGUUUCACAAAUUGAGGACAUCACUUGAAGGCACACUUCCAACAUUUCGGACACUCCAGAAUGAAAACCAAAUACCUCGCCAGCAAGAAUACUGUCAGCGUCAUAGGCAAAUAGUAGAUGCACAUGAGCGCCAGUUGGCUGAAAUCCAAGCUAGCAACCAACACCUGGAACAGCAAAAAGAUGAAAUUCGUACACGCCUGUCAGAGCUGAAAUUAGGGAACUCAUCUUCAUCUCAGAUAGAAGAGUUGUUGAUGGAGCUGAAUACCCAAGAAAAAAAGAACAAGUUGACUUUGAAUGCACUGAGGGAACAGGUGAAACUUCUGCAGCAACAGGGAACAGGUAACAGAAGCAAUCUGGAUUCUGCCACCAAUAGAAAGACAAAUAGCAUUGUAAAUAAAAUGGACGAGAAUGCCAUCUUCAAAUCUAUGGUGUUUCCAGCAGCUAUUGGGCCCCUUUCUUCUGAGAUACAGAUGCUGUACCUGACUUAUUUGCAGAGUGGAGGCAAUGACCAUCACAUCGUCCGUCAGAUGUAUGAACUGCAGCUGGAGGCCACAGCACUGGAAAAAAAUGGCACAAAGCCUGAACAAAGGGGUAGAAAGAAAAAAUAUGAAGGACUCAACUCAAAGACUUUGGAUGCAGAACUCUUGUCUGUUGAGUUAGAGAAUCAACAUCUGGAAGAUGAGAUAUUAAAAAUGAAAAUUCUGAAGGACAGAAGGAGAAUGGAAAAUGGUUCUUUGGACUUAGAGCUGGACAAGUUGCAGCAAGUACAUAUGGCAGAAAUGGCUCAGCUACAUGCUGAGAUUGGUAGGCUGAGACACAAUAUUGAAAGGAGAAAAGUUCAGUGGUCUAGAAGGCGAUCACCACCCUUUCUUCCACCACCUAUAGCACCACCUCUGCCACCUCCUCCUCCUCCUCACCUUGGGCUCCCUGAUCCCACCAUUCUGACUAGAAAUAUGGACCCCAUGGGAUCAUCUGCUACAGGAAUAAACCAGUAUUUUCUGGAUCCCUCUGACACACUAGGACCAGCUCCAUAUGAUCCAGUAUCUGGUUUUGUAAUAUUCUAUGAUUUUCUUUUGGGGUUGGAUCCUAUGUUCUACCAUGUUCGCCUGGUUUCUGGUUUAUAUCGUAAUGGGCAGCAAUUAGGGAAGUCUACAUCUCUUCCUGUUGUUUCCUCUGAUAUGGGCCAUUCUCCACAAUCUCUGAUGGACAGGCAAAGAGCAUGCUGUGCCAUCUUAGCAGCUAGACAGCCAGUCCCAAGAAUCCUUCCUUCAACCUCCAUCAGUCUUGUAGCUGAGCUUCAGGCCUCUGGAGGUUUUGAUGUUUAUGGGCAGGAAAUUCAGAAUUUGUCCCCCAGAGGAUGGGCUAAAACCAACAUUUUUGACCACCUACACCAAGUGAUGAGUGGGCAUUGGAAAGUUCCUAUACGAGUGCUUCCUGUAAAGCCAGGUCUUACUGAAGAACAGUUGAAUGGUGUGCCUCAGGUUGGCAAAGCUGAGCUUUAUUUGCGGCUGGUGAACGCAAGAGAUGCUGAUAUGCAAUCAAUGGCUGAUAUCCAACCUGGCAGAGCUUCCUUAUAUAAAUAUCCUCCUACAGCAUCCAGUUUCACAGCGCCUCCUAUUGAUUUCCCUCCAACCCAGCAUUCUUUCCAUCCUGCCCCCACCAGCCUGUCCUUUUCUGCUUCUCCUUACACUGGUUUAGUUGACCCACCUCCUAAUCAGGAACAGUCUAUCCAGCUUAAAUCUAAUGAAAGAGGUGAAAAAAUACCCCCAACUCCAAUUGCCGAGCAGAGAAAUUGUAGGCAGCCAAAAGAAAUACAACUGGGAAUCAUUCUUGAUAAAGUGAAAGGUGCCCCACCAGGCAAUGGGGCCAUCCGACUGACAGGUUACCAUCAGAAAACUGGUCAGGUAAUUUGCACCAGCAAUUCAGGAUUUAAUUAUUGCACUAAUUUCAUCAGAUCAGACAUCAAACACAGUUAUUUCGUAUUUGGAGAGGAACAGGUAAUAUUUUGGGAUAUUAUGCCACAAGAAGAUAUGAUCCUUGUUGCUCGCUUUUAUCACUGCCCCAAAGGAAGGGAAGCAUCUGCAUUCGGGGACAACAAAUUCACCUCCCAUUACCCAUCAUUAGGGAGUGAACAAUGGUUAGCUGCCUGGGCUGUGUUCAGACUAACCAAGCGGCUUGAAUCCUGUGAAGUGAUGUUUGCAGGUGCAAAGAAGGAAGAGGAAUCCAGAAUGACUAUGUGGAAUAUUGGCACUCAUACAUUAUCUCUUUAUCAAUGUCCUGUGCCACCUAUAACAGUUUUGCCCACUGUGCCAGCAAAACACAAGAUGUAUGGUGAUGCUACUUUGAGACUACACAUCUUUAGUACCCAAAAACCUGAGCUGCCUUUCCCACCAGAGUUACCAGCCACACUUGAUCCUACAGAAACCUGAUCCCAUGCAGGUGCUAAAGGAAGAAUACAGUAGUUUGCUGUUAUAAACUAGAAUGGCUGGGAUUCAUCUAUCCCAAACAGAAUUGGUAGAAGAACCCAAAAGCUCUUUUUGGUUAUCUUUCAAAUAACAUGGAAAGAAGUAGAUGUUUUUCUCCAGUUGUGCCUCCGCAGUAUAGGAACUACUCAAAACACAUGCUGUGUUCACAUGUAUUCAAU